GCGGUCAAGACCGUGACUUCCGGAGACGCUGCUGUCUCUGGAGGGUUGGCUUUGGACGGGAGCGACUUUGUGGCCUCAGGGGAGCGACAUGGGCGUGAAGUUGGAGGUGUUUCGGAUGACGCUCUACCUCACCUUCCCGGUGGCGAUGUUCUGGAUUGCCAACCAGGCCGAGUGGUUCGAGGGCUCCGUCAUACAGCGGAAGAGGGAGCUGUGGCCGCCUGAGAAGGAGGACCAGCGCCAAGAACUAGAAGAAUUCAAAGCGAGGAUACGGAAGCAGCGGGAGGAGAAGCUCCUUCGCGCUGCCCAGCAGAGCGCCUGAAACCCCCAAGUGCCCGCGUGCCACCCGUGAAACAACGCACACUCAAUUCUUUCUCCUGCAA